AUGGCGACGCAGACUCACUCCCACGCGGGGCACUCCCAUCACCACCACCACCACCAUGACAACACAUACUUGAUCUCCAAGAACAAGAACGAUGCGGGCGUGCGCAUCACCAGAGUCGGGCUCUACUCCAACCUGGGCAUGGCAAUUGCAAAGGGUGUCGGCGGGUACGCCUUCAACUCGCAAUCCAUGAUCGCAGACGCCUGGCACAGCGUCACAGAUCUCGCCAGCGAUUUCUUGACACUGGCAACUGUGUCUUGGAGCUUGAAACCUCCUACUGCCUUGUUCCCCACUGGGUUUGGAAAAGUAGAGAGUCUAGGCUCGUUGGGCGUCAGUGGGAUGCUGUUAUUUGGAGGCUGCUUCAUGUGUCUAAACAGCUGCGAGAUCCUCUAUGCACAUUUCUUCUUGGAUGCACACGCGGCUGCGGAAGCGGCAGCACAUGCACACGGUCACAGCCAUAGCCAUAGCCACGGAGCAGCAGGUCCGAGUAUACAUGCCGCGUGGCUGGCUGCUGGAACAGUGAUCAUCAAAGAAUGGCUAUACCACGCAACAAUGAAAGUAGCAAAAGAACGCAAAUCUUCUGUCCUCGCCUCGAAUGCUGUACACCACCGAGUCGAUUCUCUCACCGGGAUAGUCACCCUCUUCGCUAUUUUGGGCGCCAACUUCUUGCACGAGGCCACAUGGUUAGAUCCCGUCGGUGGUUUGUUGAUCUCACUCUUGGUUAUUAAGGCUGGUUGGGGAAACACUGUAUCGGCUUUAUACGAAUUGGCAGACAAGGGAAUCGACGAAGAGAUCAAAGCACCGGUCCGAAAGGCAACCGCGACCGGUCUCGAGACCAUUCCGGACGGAGCACAGGUCGAGCUCCGCGAAGUAGAGGGUGUUAAGUCUGGACAAAACUACCUCGUGGACCUCCAGGUUGCAGUACCCAAGUCCUGGACCGUCGAGGAGGUACGGAAGGUUGAGCAGGGCAUCAGAGAGGCUGUUGGAUCGAAGGUCAAAGGUGUUCGCCGAGUCAAGGUUCGUUUUGUGCCGAAAGAGGACGAGUCCUUAACCCUGUUCGACGAAUUCGUCAGCGGCGAUGUAGAAAGCCCGGAGACGAAAGAUCACGAUCAUGACCACGACCACGACGAUCACGAUCAAGCGCACACAAAUGGAAAUGGCAAGGAAUCGCAAUAA